UCAUUUUACUUUUAUCAAUGGCAUCUGCAGAUGUUGAAUACCGGUGCUUCGUUGGUGGUCUAGCAUGGGCCACCGACAACGAUGCCCUCCAGAAAGCCUUCUCACAAUACGGUGAAGUCAUCGACUCGAAGAUUAUUACCGAUCGUGAGACUGGAAGGUCAAGAGGUUUCGGAUUUGUGACGUUUACGUCGGAGCAAUCUAUGAGAGAUGCAAUUGAAGCGAUGAACGGUCAGGAUAUGGACGGACGUCAUAUUACCGUGAAUGAAGCUCAGUCCCGUGGUAGUGGUGGUGGAGGCGGCCGUGGUGGUGGUGGAUAUGGUGGUGGAGGUGGUUAUGGUGGUGGGCGCCGUGAAGGUGGAUACAAUAGAAGCAGUGGUGGUGGAGGAGGAUAUGGUGGUGGAGGUGGCUAUGGUGGAGGAGGUGGUGGUGGUUAUGGUGGUGGUAGGGAUCGUGGAUAUGGUGGUGGUGGUGAUGGUGGUUCCCGCUACUCUCGUGGUGGAGGUGGUGGUGGUGGUGGAAACUGGAGAGAUUAGUGUAUUAGAUGUUAAGUUUGGUUCAAUCUAUUAUGAUUAUGUAUUUUCUGAUGUUAUUAUUGAUCUAGAAUUGGGCAUCUGUUCUGUUAUGUGGCUUCGUUUUACGUGUAUUUGUAUUUCUGCAUCCGUUAGUGUAUAAACGUGCCUUUUUCUAUGAUAAUUUAGUUACUUUGUA